AUUACAACAUCUCAAUAUGGAAAAAACUUUUUGAGACUUUCAGAAAUGGAAAGAAAGGUAUACGAAAUGAUUUGAAGAAGAGUGAAAAGGUAUGACGAGGAUGUCCUUAAGGAGGCAGUCGAGAAUGAACGCAAUGAGAAUCGUGAAGAAUUUAUAAGAAUGGUGGCCAUGGUUUGGACCAAUUGGACUAACGACCAAAGCUAUGGAGUAAAUUUCCUGAAAGUUUUAUGCUAUAAAGGACGAGAUCUAGCUAUUCUUUUAAAAAAUAUCAGAAAUGAAAUUUGGACUACUUCUACUCUCUGUCUUGCUUUUUGCAAAUAUCGUCAUAUCAGUGGCAAGCAAUUCACCACCGCUUCAUAAAAGAAAAGUCAGCAAGCAUCGUGCUAUUAAAAAAGAUGAAACUGGUUCCUUCGAAAACGCAAAUAAUGAUGAUGCUGAGUCUUCUGGAGAUAUUGAAGCUGAUUCAUUUGGCGUCAACAAUCCAGAAGCCGUGAAGGAAGCCGUCUUAAAAGAACUUGAUGGGGACGAGUCUGUGUUUGAUCAUGACGUGAACGCUUCUGACAACGGCCAUGAGGAAAAUUCGAAACCUGUUCGUCUACCUUCGCUGACUGAAGAAGGAAAGAUUGACACAAUCUUGCCUGAAGAGAAUGAUCAUUCAAUUAGCAAUGACUCAACAGAAAUUGCGGAUUCGACAGAAACAGAGUUAGAUGUCAACGAAUCACAAAAUUAUCCUCAAAAUGACUCUAUUUUAAAUGAACUUUCAAGUGAUGUAAAGGCAAUGUCAAUUUUCGAUACUGUAGACGGCAAAAAUAUACUUCCAAAGAGCUCAAACGUUGGAGAAUCGGAUAGUCUUUUCCCAGAAAAGUCACAAAAAACGGGCAACCUUUCAAUGACCUUUGAUCACUUAGAUGAGGGAGAAAGAAAAUUGAAUCCAAGAAAUUUGACGGGAAAAAUCGAAGAAAAUUCUAGAGCAGCUGUUAAUGUUAAAGGAGGGCAAAUCACUGGAGGAAAAAUAACUGGGGGAAAUAUUUUUGGUGGGGAAAUUGUUGGAGGGCUAAUUUCUGGUGGUACCAUCCGUGGUGGUGUGAUUAAGGGAGGGCAUAUGUCAAACGGGUUUGUAGACGGUGGUAUUCUUCAAGAUGGUAAUAUGGAAGGAGGGUUUCUUCAUGAUGGAACUGUAAAAGGUGGCUUGAUUCGCGGGGGCAACAUUACUGGAGGCUUAAUAUCCGGUGGAAAAAUUUUAGGUGGUCACGUGUCUUCGGGCAUGGUCGAAGGCGGUGUUUUGAAAAAUGGAGGCGUUGAGGGUGGAGUGUUAAAAGGUGGCAUAGUUGAUGGAGGUAUCCUAAAAGGUGGAAUAAUGGAAAGUGGAAAUCUAUUGGGUGGGAUAGUAUGGGAUGGUAGGGUAACUGGAGGAACUAUUUUGGGAGGAGAGGUGUUAGGUGGUGAAAUUGGAGAGGGGGUGGUAAUACGUGGUGGUCGUAUUAACGGCAGUAUCGUUGCAGGCAAUAAAACAGAACAUGAAACAAGAAAACCUCUUCUUAGAUUGGUUCUUUCAAAACCCACCUCAUUACCCAAUAACAACAACCAACUCAAACCAAUAUAUCAACAUGAACCUGAACCCUUAAUUAAUUUGCAAUCUCAAAAUGGACAUGCGAAAUCCUUUGGCUCUUUCUCCAACAGCGCUACAACUCCAAAAAAAGUAGCAAGUCCUAGACCAUUUAUACAGCCAAUUAUAUCCAACCGUCCAAGUAUUGCUUCAUAUGAAAAUUUUAAUAACAACGCAGCUCUCAUGGUGCGGAAGAAAAAGCAACGUGAAAUGAGGCAGUUAUUAAAUAGAAAUUGGGAAAGAAUGAGGCAAAAUUACAUGACCAACAAACUUUACGACUACGCUGGUCUUAUAAGCCCCUAUUUGGGAUAUGGUAAUUCUGCAGCAUUAUCCUCCGGGACCUUACAUCCCGAGUCAAUGCUUUCAAGCCAAGGUAUUGGUCGCCCUAGCUAUUUGGCCCCGAGGGGAAUGAUCAAUCAAUUUGCGACACAGGUUGCGAAUAGUGUGCCUGCCAUACAGAGAUCUAGUACUGAAAAGGAUGUGGAAGGUAUAAGACCAACUUAUCAUUGGAUAUUGAAUCAAAUAAGACGCGGACAGGUGGAAGACACGAGUAUGAGAAAGAAAUUUUUUGCUGUGGGUGGAAUCCGAAUGCAUCGUACUUCAAUUGGGUUUGAUGGAGCGGCAACAUACAUGGAUGGUGGCUCUUAUGAUGGCACAUGUAUAAGCGAUCCCAGUUUGUGUACCAGUGGUAUAUCCAUCGAAAUGACAAUCAACGUUCAUCCUUCAGCUUCCAUGUAUCAUACCCCACGGUAUAUACUGGACAGCGGUGCAUCAUCAUUCAACUCCCGAGGGGUGUCGCUGUACACUAUAAACAAUAAACUACGAGCUGAUGUUGCCAUCAAAGAUAUGGCGUUUUGUGUGGUUGUCCCCUUGGUGACAGGCAAAUGGCAGGACGUCGUGGUGGCUUAUAACAAACAUGGAGUGCUAAACAUGUACAUCAACUGCAAGCUCGUUGGAACUGCAGAUAAUGACGAUCAGUGCAUUGGUUGCCAUACGCCAGGAUGCCAUACCUCCGAUGACAACACGAAGCUUAUGCUUGGCAGAGCAAACAGUUAUCCUGAAUCUACUUUCGCUCGAUUCAGGGCGAGUGACCUUUCAAUAUACCAGCGUUACCUACACUCACGAGAUGUUGACAAAAUAUGUGGCAUUUCCAAACCACAAAAACUGAUCACACAAUCUGCCUACAUGCCUGCAAAUUCCGCCUGGAAGAAUAUUAUGACCUAUCGCUAUCCCAGAAUUCAGUCCGGUUUUCGGAAAAAUACAGUAGCAGGCAAUCGACGACAACUUUCACCAAACUUUGCUGGCUGGAAGUAUGGGCCUAGGCUUGACUUGAGAACCUUAAAUGCUCCAUAUUUUACGGCUUGGGAGAACUGGUCCAUGUGUUCGACGACUUGUGGAUUGGGACGUCGAACAAGGCGUCGUUCGUGUAUUAAAGCAAAGAGCGGCUGGCGGACGUGUCAUGGAAUUACGUAUCAGGCUAAGGACUGUAAUUAUGCAUGUACCGUUAGUCAAAACAACCCCAAAACAAUUCGGAAACGUUCGUCAAGUUCAUUGUCUGUAAGAUCAAGUUGGAGUUCACUCGAAUUAAACAAGGGCGUAAAAAAGACUUGAAGAAAUCGAGAGAUCAGAAAAAAUAUUAAAACCCAGUUGGAUGCGUUUUGGGAGAACUCGACCACCGUCUGAUCAUUGCUCUGGUUGAUUUCAAAUUACUUUUGUGAGUAUGCGGAUUUUUAAAGAAACGUUCUCCAAAACUUUGACACCUGUUCGCCUUUUUCUUUGUGUUGGGUAAAUUGCUCUUGAUUGCUUUACACAAACCCAUUUAUCUGACGGCACUUUAGCUGUUGUGAAAAUUUUGCUAAACAAAAAACUAUCAAAGAAGUAUUUUGGACCGCAGGUUAAACUUUUGUGCUUAAAUUUUAUCUCCCGUUGUGUGUGUGCGGGAAUGUAUAUGGUUGUAUGUACUAUACUAAUGGUGUGAAUUCAAUAAAAUUUGAUUGCACAUUUUGCUUAA